AUGACUUCGCCUGCCUCAGGUUCAGGGGCCCCUGUGCCGGAUCUAAAAUCUAAGCAGAUCUCUAACCCGAAACCUGGCGCCAAUCCCCCAUCACAUGCUCGCCGACUACUUAUUCUCUCCCUGCGAUACGCGAUUUCACCAAAAGAAUAUGCUAUUAUUCGACGUCGCAUACUUAUUAAAGGGCCCUCCUCGAUAGCUAUUAGAACCCCUUCAAAAAGCCAGUUCGAUACUGUUUGCAAUCAGGCCGAAGAUUUCAUCCCAGCCUCCACACGCGCUGGAUUACGAGUAUUUCUAGCUAGUAGUCUUGUAUUAAAAUUGUGGGAUGUACUAUCUGAGAAGUUUUCAAAACGCAAAGGGGGGAAAGAAUUGACAACUGUGAUCCAUACCACGUUCUUCAAGAACCCAAAUUUCCUACUGUCGCUGUCGCUCUCGACACUUGUGGUAUUUCAUAGACUGCUUUAUCGUUUUCUAUACCAACUGCGCUCGAACCUACUUCUACCAAAUGCCCAAGCUCGGCGGUUUCGACAGAGACACCCCAAAGUAUCUGGAGUAUUCACUUCGCCGCUUUCACCCUCUAUAGGAUCUUCACUUGCAGGAUUAGCACUACUGUUAAAUCCAGCUUCCGAUCGGCGAGUUACGAUAGCGGUUUAUGCUUUUGUGAAGGCUUUGGAGUACUCCUACAACAAACUGGAGGAUGAUGGAUGGUUUCCUGAGCGGCCUUGGUGGUUCGGCUCGUGGCUUCUUUUCCCAAUAACAUCCGGGCAGCUAUUGUAUACUUUCGUAUUCGAUAGAGAUUGCUUCCCGUCGGAAUACGGCGGGUUCAUUCUCGACCACUCUAAAGAGUAUAUCCAAUCAAAACCGGCAGGAUAUUCUUCCACGGUAAAGUGGCCGGGAGCCUACGAUAUUAUAGACAGUAUUAGCAAAAUUGCGAAAUUAGGUUACCCGCCAUUUAACUCGCCAAUCUUGUACCCUAAUUCAAACAUACUCCCUAAAACACUCCAAUCAAUUUCUCCCAUAGUGGACCCCGCUCACCCCAUAAUAAAUUCCCUCCUAUGCGCCGUUCUUCACCCACACGAACCCAGUUGCCUCAAAACAUACCUAAACUUCUGGGCCUCAGAAUUUACACACGUAGCAAAAUUCAUGAGUAUAUGCUACGGCGUCUCAUGGGUCCCGAAGUAUAGCCUCUUCUUUAAAGACCCCGUAGGUGCGCUUAUGAGGCUCACCCGGUCGACACUGCUCACGAGCACGUUCAUCACCGGAGCAAUAGGAACAUCCUGGGCCACAUGCUGUCUGUUCCAAAAAACACUACCAAGAGGGCUAUUGCCAAAGGGCCGUUUCUGGCUAAGUGGUUUUCUUGGAGGACUAUGGGCGUUUGUAGAUUCGAGGGGCGGGAGAGGGAACUUUUUGUAUAGCUUGCGAUUAGGUAUUAUUAGUGCUUGGAAAGUACUUGUGAAAAGGGGACUCGUUAAGGGACUCAAGAAUGGGGAUGUAUAUCUUUUCAUCUGCUCUCUGGCCAUAAUCAACUCCCUCUUCGAUAUGGAAGCGCAUUCUGUUACUGGUAGCGCUGCGCGUAGAGUAUUGAGUUCUGUCAGGGGGUUGGGGCUGAAGGACCCUGUUAAUGAGAAAAAGGUGGUUGAGGCAGAGACACCGGUAUCAGUAAAGGCCGUAACGAAAAUGGUUUAG